CAGGUGGUCGGCACGAGCAUGCGGCUUGCACCUUUCAACGAGAACGAGUGGCAUUGACAUGAAGCUGCAUCUCGUUGUCCUGUUGCGUUGCGUUUACACUUACGGAAGUGUCGGGGACACAGUGCGGUCUUCUUGCCCGAACCAAACGGAUGCGUGGAAGAAUCUUAAUAGUCGAGGCCCUGGAAAGUAUUUCCUUCUGGAGGCUACGACGCCGAACCCGUACGAAUGUGCUUACGUGGAUCAGCCGACGUUCAUCUCUGAAAACGAAAAAAGUGCUAACAUCACAUUUGGAUCACGUGACAAGGAUGGAGAAGGGCUGAUAAAGUUGCUGGGGACAGUUAGAGCAGAAGGAGAUAAACUUCAUCUUACGGGAGGUCGGGGUGGGAUGACGACACUUCUUCAUGCUGAGUACGGUACCUGUGACGUUUUUCUGGCGCCAACUGGAGCUUGUGAGCUCUGGGUUCACGAGAAAGUCCUGAGAACAAGAUCAUACGGCUGCUGCAGUACAAAGUUCCAAGAGUGUGCCAAGUCCAGCUCAGUCCAGCACCCCUACCAGGAAGGCUGUCUUCGUCAGUAGCGUGGAGAGGAAGGAAGCACGCAUAUUUUGCAACAUAUCGAUCGCGAUCACAGCAUGAACAAAAUAUACUAUGCGGUAUAUUACUGCAAAUCCUACAAUUUUAUGAAUUGAAAUAGUGGUGUGAGUAAAGAACAACUUUCAAGAUAUUUUGUAUUAAUUUUGUGAUAUUCUGUUCCUAUUUGUCCACUUGUUCGAGCUUGUUAAAGACGUAGUUGACGUUGUGCAUUUCUGAUCUGUGAGACCUCGAGACAAGCGAGAUCUUGUUCGAGCAAAGUACGCAUUGAAUUGUUGCUAUGAACUGAGAUUUCUGCCUCGACGAUCCCACAUCAUUCAUGUCGUUGGAACCUACAUGUCUCACAUCGUAACCGUCAAAAAUAUUGUGUACCUGCACACAGCGUACGUGCCCGAACCAACAUGCAAGAACAUUGUUAAAAAAGAUGGAACACUUCACACGAAUAAAGCCAACUGAAUGUUGUUCGCUGUCGUGCA